GAUAACUACCCCCUGCCGGUCACCCACACUCCGUGCAAUGCCGUACGACGUGACCUAGGAGUUAAGCCUACUGAACCUACUUAUGCAUUGGUACAGUAAAGCGUUCAUGUUAUCACACUAUUGGAUCUUCAUCUAUUAUCUCUUGUUGUAUCGUGGUUCAUGUGCACACCAAAUGAUAGCCAGACUGCAGAUAACUCAUUCCGUCCCCAUUUCGGGCACAAGUGACCCAAAGAACACUCGUCUGCUCUAUCGUAUUUUUGGACCCAACUCCACCGAGUACAUCCUAGUGGCUGGUUUGAAUCAUAUCUACCAAUAUGAUGCCCACACUCUACGUUCACUUUCGGUGAGAACCACCGGACGAAAGAAUUUUUCCAUAUUUUGCUCACCUAGUGGAGUUUGCGGACCAUGUGACCACUCUGAUCAGACUUUGUUUCGGAUGGGAUAUAAACCAGGCGAUUGUGGUCCCCGUGAAACCGACAGUGUGGUUAAAGCAUGGGCCACUUCCACUGUCCCAGAAUCCGAGGUGCCCAGAAUUCCCGAAUCCUACGUGUUUUAUCAGCGUGGACCAGGAGAAUCUGUUCUAAUCAAUGAUGAUCGCAUUGCUUGCGAGAACGCACUCUACGUUUGUCAUAAUCUAUACCACGGCUUUUGUGAGCGUCUGAGCUUGACCAAUAUAAGGGAGGCAUCACCGUGGACACCAUCUUUCACAAAUCCAUUCGAGCCGAGUCCCGAGGAGUCUGACAAAGUGCCAGUAACUGGAAGUGACCCGAUAAAACAUGUAGCCUUAGCUGUUGGGCUAAGGUACGUAUAUGUGGCCACUGAACCAGACAAACUUCCACAAUAUACAUUGGUUAAAACCUAUCCCAUUUCAGUCAGAUCACGAGAUUUCCAGUUUGCCCAUCGACAACCAGCGCCCGAAUGUAUUCUUCGUCUUACCGAAACAAUCCCUGUGCCCAUUCAAUAUAAACGGGCAUUUCGAUACCGAGCCCAUCUGUCCACUGUGGGUAACAAACCACACUCUCUUCCACCCGCUCAUAUCUAUUUUGUGUUUCAACAACCCGAAAGCCCCCAGUUCAAUCGCUGGCAACCUCGGAUAUCUCGAGUUUGUGACAAUGAUAUGCGAUUUUUCUCUCACGUCGAGUUAAAUUUGGCUUGCAAGGAUUGUACUCCGGCAUAUUAUACUCAGGAAACAUUCAAUGCCCUACACACCGCUGCCCGUGGUACAGUCGGACAACUCCUGGCCUGGAAGCUUCAGACUCAACAAGACUCCCAAUUGACUGAGGAUCACACUGAAGGCUUGGUUGUUGCAUUUGCCGCUCAGCAUGUCGACUCUCAGUACCACAGGGCAUUCGCUCCGCAAUCAAAUGACCCUUACCACACACGCGGAUCAUCGAAUUUCGGAUCGGGUGCUGUCAUGCUUAACGGAUCGGUAAUCUCGAUAUUUUCCAUGGCCCAGGUGGAUGCUCAGUUCAAAUAUGUGAUCGACAAAUGCCUAUCGGGAGAUGGUGUAUUUGGUCCCGCGCACUUCUUAACUACUCGGGAACGCGUACAUGGCCAGUGUGUGAAGGACGAGACAGAAAAAGCAGAAAAAUAUUAUUGUCCGAAAGAUCGACCGCGCAAUCGGCUCAUCAUGGGUUCAGACAGAGAUGACGCACUGGAAGCGCCCGCAUUCUUGCACAUACAUGAAAAUGUUGUUGAUUUAGCCGUGACGGCUGUGUCCGAACAAUUCACGGUCGUGCUACUUGCCACGGACGAUGGUCGGCUCCUUGAAUACGAGGUGACCGAUGUGAGCCAGUCGCGUCGUUUGGACGCCUUGCAGCUCGAUCCGGACAGAAGACCGGUCACCAGUGUGGCUCUCGAUAUAACGGGGACGAUAGCCUACGCUACGACUCAGGAGAAGGUAGUUCGCGUGAAUUUGGCCAAUUGUGAUGUGCACUUAACGUGCGCCGCUUGUAUCAAGGCUCGUGAUCCCUUUUGCGGCUGGUGCGUUAUCGAAGGCCGAUGUCUCCCCCUUGCGGAAUGUCGUUCUUUGGGUGAAAAUCGAACACGGCAUGCCGAAAGCACCAAGCCUCGGAACAACCGAUGUAGCCCAAAUGUGAACACACCGCGGACGGCAACACCUGAAUCAACAUCGGCGUUCACUUGGUUGGCUUAUAGUGCUUCUAUUGACAGAUGUCCUGUCAUAAAACAACUCAGCCCCACGGGAGUACAACGAAUGGAUUCAAGUUCUUCUCCCCUGGACGAAACAUUCAAUCAACAUACAAUCAUGCUGAAGCUUGACGGUGACUUGGCGAGGGAUCUGCACCGGUUAUGGCCACCAACAAUACGAGAUUCGCUCAGCGCGGAAAAACUCCAGCUCUCUUGUGCGUUUCGGGGUGCCCCCACUUCCAUGUUAGACUCUACCGCACUGUUGACCGGUUCUCUUCUCCAAUCGGAAGUCAACGAGCUACUCGUUGGGGUCGUGCCAACUGGGCGUCUACUAGGGAAAACUAGCGCCAAAUUCAUCCUCAGCGAGCCGGAUGCAAGUGAAGUGCAGUGCUUUUCGCUCCCUUUAUCAAAACUUCCUGCGGUACCAAAAGGACAAGCGUCUGUCCCUAUCGUUCUGUGGCUUGAGUGGGUUGAUUCAACUGGCCAUCCAUCGGAAGCUCACUGGCCUGCAUUAGCGCCAGGAAUGUUUGCUGUCUAUGACUGCCGGCGUCUAAAUGAUUGCCGUCAAUGUUCACAAAGUCUGUUUGGCUGCGCCUGGUGUCUGCUGGAUGAUCAAUGUGUCUCUGCCGUCGGAAUGCCUCAGGGAACACACUCUCCUGCUUUCUGUCCUGGUUCUUCUUUGACUGCAGGUGGAGACGACUCGACUGUCGUAGUGAUGAGUACAACGGGCCCUAAGUGUCCCAGUUUCAAGUCAGAAGAGGGACAACUUACCUUGCUGAGUGGUUCGACCCUUUCGGCCAAGUUCCGUGUACAUAACAUACGGCAACCGCUAAAACACUUUUCCUGUUUGGACGGAUGUACCAAUCAAAGGGUGAUUGCUUCCUACGACGCUUCCGAGUCUACUGUGAUUUGCCAUAUUGAAAAGAUUGUCCUUGACACGCGUUUGGGAUCGAUGCACGAGCAAUUUCCUGGAUCAGCAAUCUCUCGCUCAGAUGCUGUCACUCACUGUAACUUGGAUAUUUUCUGGCAUGGCCAGGACAGCCGAAGCGAGGAGGGGCACCGAAUGGUAAAUGAGGACAAUGUCAGUGUGGAGGUGUAUACUUGUGAAUGGCUGGCGGAAUUCUGUGAUGUUUGUUUGACCCUACCUCCUCGCUUUGGAUGUGGCUGGUGUGUCGGUUCCCAUUACAGCAUGUGCAGUACUCGGAACCAGUGCUUGGACCAAUCAAACAGUCCCAUCCUAUUGUCAUCGCCCAGUCCACGAUCUUGGUUACAUCUAGACGACGUGUGCCCGGAUCCUCAGAUCACAUCAAUUUCGCCAUUGAAUGGAACAUUAACUGGUCGAACUGUUUUGCACAUUGAGGGUCGGAAUCUUGGUCGUGGUUUUGGUGAUUUAGCAGGAGGUAUUUACCUACAAACGCCACGAUCUGUGCCGUGUGCCAUCCUUUCCGCAUCUUACAAUCAUUCCCGAGCAUUUGACUGCCGCCUUUCGUCCGCCGAUUAUCUCACAUUGCCCGCCAGUGGUCGUUUGAAGGUUGUCAUCAGUGAACACCGAUUUCAGGCAUUGUCUCCCGUUUUCCGGUUUCUCAAACCUGAGAUUACCGAGGUUAGCCCAACACGAGGACCAAUAGCUGGGGGAACGCGAUUACGCCUCACUGGGAAGAACUUAAAUGUUGGAGCCAAAAGAUUCGUCUAUUUGGAACGUAACAAGAACGGAGUUGAUGAGAAGAAUGGUGAACCUUUGGAGUUAUCGCUUCCCUGUGAUAUUGAGCGGGAGUCUGAUCAAGUGAUCACCUGCCGCACACGACCGCUACCCCUGACCGUGGUUGAAAGCAUGAACGAUAGGAACGGCGCUUGGAGAUUUGAGAACAGGCAACAUUUUGGGAACUUCGUGGAUGGAGAGGAGGAGGAAGAGGAGGCUGACGAGGGCCAUUUUCCAAUGUCCAUUCAAUUACACAACGAUAUGACAGUAACAAACCCGUCUACACCGGUCAAAUUCAUUUACUCUCCCAACCCGCACAUCGAUGCAGUUGAGAGAGAAAAUGUAUUGGCAAGUGCCGGGACGAGCAUUCGUGUGAAAGGCAAAUUCCUAUUUGUCAUCGAAACCCCCCGUAUCGUGUUCUACUUCAACUGGUCUGAACACAGCUCUCCCUGUAUGUAUCGUCAAGACGAGGGUCUGAACUGCAUCAGUCCCACAAUAGGACGUCACUUGGAGGUUUCACGUUUCGAUAUUGAUCCUGGCCGUCUACAGCUCUCGGGAUUGUUUGGAAACCCAAAUUCGUCCACCUUGCUGUCCUUUCCUCAAACCGCUACUGUUCGAACCAACGCAUCCACAGAACUGCUAAGUGAUGUGGAACUGAAUCUAAGAAAAACAGCGAUGCAGUCGUUGCGGAAGUCAACAACUGAGUGGCCAUCUAGACUGGCUUUCGGAUUUGUGCUGGAUGGAGUUAAUCAAUUACGAGUCUAUGGGUCAUUGCAGGUACUUCCCGAUCCUGUUGUGCACCCAUUCCCGGGUGGCAUACGUCAUGAAGAAUUAGACGAUUUCACUUCCGUCAAAAAUCCAGAUAUCGCAGAGGGCGAACAACGUAAGGUUAUGCCUAAACGUAGCACUCAGGAAUCCAGUGCUUCAACCAACGGCUCGCAGAUGGACGGUGAUAACGAGAAAACUCGGACACCUCAAUCGCAUCAACUACUGCGGCUUCAUGGGCAGUUUGAAUCACUUGUGAGGGCUCCGGAACUGGCUGCACCCGAAGAGCUUUCGGUUCGGUUGGGAAACAGUCACAUCUGUUUCGUAAGCUCCGUCAUCGCCUCCGAAAUACGAUGCGAUCUAGAUCGGGCAUCUCUAAUCAGCGGACGGAAUUAUCCUGUCGUCGUGCAGUUUGGUCAUUUCCUAAUCUAUCAUCCGGGUGUCGUACGCUUUGUGAGUAUGGGGAGAAUAGCCCUGCGCAAUCAGCUAAUCAUGAUUAGCAGCGGUGUGAUUGUCUUCCUUAUUCUGAUCGGGUUGAUCGUAUUCACCAUCUGGCGUCGAUUCGAUCAGAGGCAACGUAACUACCAGGCGAAAUUGGAUCAAAAGUAUGCGGAACACGAGAACCGCGUUGUGCGAGUUUUCAAAGAAGAAUUUAUGGAACUCCAAACCAGCAUGCUGGAAUUCUCACAGGGCGUUAAGAAGCACAACCUACCUUAUCGGGACUACCGGACGUUCUGCCUGUUCUCACUUUUUCCGGAGUAUCACUGUGAGCUGAUGCUGCCGGUAGAUCCCUGUUCUUUCGGGGCGCGAAAAACGGCAAAACCGUCCACUGUUGGCAAUCAGAGUCCCGGCAUGACCAGAAAGGAGGGUGAUGCUACUUCCGUUCCAACGCACCCCCUUUUGUCGCAGUUCACGGUCCUGGAAGAGUCACAUGAUGCAGUAUCUAAGGGAAUCGCACUCUUUCACGCACUCAUCUGCAACCGAUUCUUCCUCUCACUCAUGGUUCGCGUAAUCGAAGAAAACGAACAUAUCGGUGUGCAAGAUCGGUCUCGGGUCGCGUCGCUGCUUUGCGCUGCACUGCAGCCGAAAAUGGAGUACCUCACACGCAUCAUGUGCGAUCUCAUGAGUGAUAUGUUACAACGGCUGCACAAUCAGGGCAACAAUCGGUUGCCUACAGCAUUUCGCCGUGCAGAAGCCAUUGUGGACAAACUGGUCUCCAACUGGCUCUCGUUCCUUCUGUACAAUUUCAUCAAGAACAGUGUCGGAGAACAUUUGUUCUAUUUCUACCGUGCACUUCUUCACCAACUGAACACCGGUCCUCGAGAUGCCGUAACCGGUAGAGCACGUUACACACUCGACAGUUCGAUGCUGCUACCUAUUGAGUUGACGGGCACUCUUGUGACACUAACAUUAGAGGACCCUCAGUCCUUGUUUAGUUUGUGUUCAACACAAAUCACUGUGAAGGUUUUGGACUGUGACACUAUUACUCAAGCAAAGGAGAAAAUAUUGGACGCGAUCUACAAGAAUAGACCUUAUUCGCAGCAAUGGAAGCCGACUCAACUGGACCUCGCUGAGACACUUCAUCCGGACGGUCUGAUACUUUGCGAUUGGGAUGUUUCCAUACGUCACGAUACGCAGUCUUACGGAUCCGAAAAACGCCCUUUCCGACUCAAUUGCAUCCAUGAUUAUGAGUUACCAGACAAUGCUCGCGUCGCCCUCAUCCUCAGUCCCUAUCAUCGUGCCAAAUCACUCGUUACAUCGAUGGUAUCCCUUCGAUCUCCAAGUCUGCAGACGUUCCGGGGGAAGAAGUCCCUUCAGUCCAGCAAUCCUCCGGUUCCUCAUAAUUUGGUGAGCACUACCUGUUCACCAGAGCAAACUUUGCUAAGUGACCCAACCCUUGUCGACACUCGACCUGAGGCAGCUUGUGCACCACUUGAACAGCCGACUGGCACAUGUGGGGAGUAUUCAAGAUCGCUUUCUUGCUUUUCUGCACCUGGUCAUGGAUCUUCACACUACCCGAAGUCCUCAUCCACUGUACCGCCUCAGCCGAACCAUUGUUUACGUCCUACAGGUCAUCCGGAUUCUGCACUCUGGUACCACUUGGAGUUUACCGGAAUCAGUCACACUUUGGAAACUGGUGUUAACAAUGGUACGAUCGGCUCUGGACAGAGGUAUCCCUACAGCAGUUCCACCACCGUACAUCCCCUGCUUACCACUAGUUGUCCGGAGGAUAGAACCACGCGUUGUGCAAAGCGCCUCCGGUGUCGUUGUGCCAAAAAAGCUGAAGAGCCAGAGGCAACUCCGUCACAUUUCGGGCGUCCGACAAAGCUGAGUUGGUCAACUGCAUUGCAGUUCCUUCACAAAGACUCCUUAGCUCAUUCCCGACGAAUGGUUAUGCAUGAAACCAGUGAAAAUACGGCAGACUAUCCCCUGCUUCAUCAGAGUGAUGGGUUCACUCGUGACGAUUUGAUUGAGAGCGUCAAGUACGAGACGCUUACGGUCACGGACUCGCGAAGCCUAUCUCCCGGGAGUCAUCAUAAGCGGCGCGGUCGACGGAAACAACAGCAUUCUAAAGAUCCUUUGAAGUCACGCCAAGUUCCUGGCGCUUUAGAUCGUCCGAUGGAAAGUCUACCCAAGGAAGUAUUUUUCAAUCGCCUUGUAGUCACUCGCCUGUCGGUAACCACUUUCAUGGACAAAUUGUUUGAAGUCAUAUUCAGCAGCGUCCUGCAAUCACACAGUCUUCCGUCGCCAAUCAAAUACCUGUUCGAUUUUUUGGACUCUCAAGCUGUUAAUCUGGGUGUCCAGGACCCUAAGAUAGUGCAUGCUUGGAAUUUGCAGAUGCGAUUCUGGAACCAAAUUAUCACCAAUUUGGAUUAUAUAUUCGAUAUCCCGUUACUCCGGCGGACAGCUUUUGAGCGAUCAUUUCACGCGCUUAGUCAAGCCAUGACUUACGCUUGCGCACCUACCAAAGAGAAACUAACUCCAGACUCCUCUUCUGUGAAGUUGCUGUUUGCUCGGGAUAUAUCACAACAAUGGACUCGAGUCAAUAACUACUAUCGUGAGAUCAAAGCCAUGCCUGCAAUCAAACGCGAAGAUAUGCAGGAUAUCUUGCGCCAACACUCUGUGAACCAUUCGAACGAAUUCAAUGUGUCGUGGGCCAUCUAUGAACUAUAUAUGAAAUAUGUGAAACCUUGUCAAGCUUCGAUUGUUAAUCAACUACAACAAGAAGCACUCAAAACCCAUUUUCCGUACAAAUCUCAAAUGGUGUACGACGCGAAACCUGCAUCCCUUAAUGAGGAAAUUUCGCCUGUGGAUGACUUUGAUUUCUCAGAGUACAAUCCAAUACAACUGAUACAAAUGCUUACAGAAGUUGAGCGUUGCAUGAAUGAUGCGCAAGCAAGCACACUGCUCGUUCGUGAAUCCAUGACAACUUCCAAUGAUUUUCUUGCACCCUCUUUUCAUCAUGCUGAAGCUUCGUCGCCGGAUCCAACGUACACAAAUGAACUUUCAAAACAUAGGUCUCAUCCACUAUCUAAUUCGACAGUUGGACCAGGACUACCGCGUAAUGUAUUAUCAUCUGCGCCAAGCGGGGAUACUACGGAAUAUCCAGAUACCCUGCGAUCUUUGAACACAUUGACUACGGAGUUUGCAGGAGACGAAACCAACCGAUCAGCACCUGCCGUCUCCCUCCAGCAGUCACAACCGUAUCAUCACUGUUAUCAUAUGUACGGAACCAAUGAGCCUGUCCUCUCCAGUCCGAUACACACUACCUCACAGCAGCAACAACAACAUGGCUCAUCUUUAUUAUCUUACCGAGUACCCGACCCCCCAGCUUGACCUAGGUCAGGAGGUAGAAACUGGUCUACGCAUUCGAUGGAUCGUUCAGUGCCUCCCCAGCGUAACUUUCAUUUUAAACCUGUAUGGUCAGAGUGCGAACAAUGCGCUUCUCUUCAAUGAGCAACCGCAAUUUCUCCUAGGCAGUCGAGUCAGUGAGCUGCGUCUUGCUGUCGCUCCAUCAGUUGUCUGGACCGGCCGUCCAGCCACUGAUCUAUGAAUUUCGGUCAACGUUCCUAUUGUGUUUUGAACCGGCUACUUAUGUUUACGCCGCUGGGAACAUUGUCAAUUCUGUUCAUGCACGCCAUGCCGUAUUGCAUUUAUCUCAAGCUUUAUGAGUCCAAAGGUCAUUCGAACUCGCUCAACACACUCGCUCCACACACUUCCAAGAAAUUAGUCAUGUUUAUGUCCUGUGUUCUGUAAUGCCUGUUGGAGCACAAAUCUUAACUGUGAUGCCCCCACCAGUCAGUAUACAACUCUAUUCGAUUGAUUAUCAAUCACAACAUUUGGGAAAUGCUCAGUAGUUUUUGUUUGCGCCAACGUUGUAAGAUCACCGUAGGAUUGCUUCCUCGAAUGUUAUCUGAGGUUCAUUCCGUCCGCUUGUAUCUUUUCCACGGGCAGUUAUGGUUACGGUUACUUGGAUGAACUCUGCGUUGGACUUUUAUUUUCAAAAUAUCUUUCUCCGCAAACUGAUUUCCAUUUUGAGAAGGCUCUAGCAUCUCACUCAGUGGACCUCGACUGUAGGUAACCUUAAAGUGCGCAAAAGACAUUGAUUUAUCAAGCCUCCUGUAAGCCCAUGUUAAUUUUG